GAUCAAUCAAACUGCACAGGCCAAUUUUCUAAAGUGGAUUAGUGACGACUACAUGACGCACAAAUUCCACGAGCGUUGUCUUCCUCACAGCAAGAUAUCGCGCGUCAUGACGAUUCUAUAGCUGUCUUCUGCGUACAAUUUCCGAGCUACCUGGAAAAGCUUAGUCUCGAUCGAAGAGGCUGAGUGCGCAGGGCGUAUAUAGAGGGCAGCACAAGAUCACCAGCAAUAGUCAUUCCUCCACCUAAUCACAAUCGCAAUGGCCCUCAAGAUACACGGUCAUGCUAACGCUCCCCUCGUCAGACUCGUCGCAGAAGUCUGCCGAGAGAAGGAAGUGCCGUACGAACUUGUGAACGUGGAAGUCUACAAAGGCGAACACAAAACACCUGCCUUCAAAGAGUUCCAACCUUUCGGACAGGUCCCCUACAUAAAUGACGACGGCUUCAUUCUCUAUGAAUCCAGAGCCAUUUGCAGAUACAUUGCAAAGAAGUACGCAUCGCAAGGCACCCCGGACCUCGUGCCCCGUGAACCCAAAGCGGAGGCCAUCUUUGAACAAGCGGUGUCAAUCGAGACGUCGAACUUUUACCCUUUUGCGUUGGGUAUUACCGCGGAGAAAAUCAUCAAGAAGCAUCGUGGCCUCGAACCAAAUGAAGCCAGGUUAUCCGACCUGGUGAGCAACCUGAAGGCAAAACUGGAUGUAUACGAGGUUAUACUCGGAAAACAGGCGUAUCUUGCAGGAGAUAACAUUACCUUGGCCGACUUAUUCCAUCUUCCGUAUGGAACAAUCGUGUUCGAAGAAUUGGGCUACGACAUGUUGGAAGAUAGACCGAAUGUGGCAAGGUGGUGGAAGGAUAUCACUGCGAGGCCUUCGUGGCUCGCAGUCAAAGCCAAAGCUUAACCAGAUGUAUAAAGGACUCGGCACUAAGUAUUAAAGUCAUUUAUGUAAGAUGUGUAUAACCUUUUGUACAUAUAACGAAUCUGAUAGAACUUCGUUCAAUUGGGACUUUUCCGUUCUAUGUAAGUGCAGAGAACGAGGAAAGGCGCGCCCGGUAUUUGCCGCACAUUCAUGCUCUGGGACCAACACCGACUCGGACGUCCAUGUAUAUAAGCUCACUUCAAUGCACCCACUCUCUGUGCACAUCAUUGGGCUAUGUACUCGAGUAAUCUCACCUGCGGUUCAGUCGAGUAAAUGUUCUCAACAACUGUCGUUUACUCCAGUACUCUUC